GGGACCCUGACGAGGAGCGGAAGCCAGGCGGCUGUGCUGCUUCAGCGACCGGGCGGCGGCGAAGAAGAUUGUGGCGGUGACAGCAGCAGGAGUAGGUGCUGCCUUAGGGGAACAGCAUCGGGGUCGGCGGCCACUCGCACCGCUGUGGAGGGGCCGACCGGGAGUGGAGUGGAGCAGCUGCGCCACGGUGGCAUUGUGUGUCCCGGAGUGCAGGAGCCGGUCCCAGAAGAGAGGCAAGGCUGAGCCCAGAGCGCUGGGUUGCUUCAGCAGGGAAGACUCCCUUCCCCCUGCUUCAGCCUGCUGAGCACUGAGCAGCGCUCAGAAUGGAAGCCAUCGCCAAAUAUGACUUCAAAGCCACUGCAGACGACGAGCUGAGCUUCAAAAGGGGGGACAUCCUCAAGGUUUUGAAUGAAGAAUGUGAUCAGAACUGGUACAAGGCAGAACUCAAUGGAAAAGACGGCUUCAUUCCCAAGAAUUACAUAGAAAUGAAACCGCAUCCGUGGUUUUUUGGCAAAAUCCCCAGAGCCAAGGCAGAAGAAAUGCUCAGCAAACAGCGGCAUGAUGGGGCCUUCCUCAUCCGAGAGAGUGAGAGCGCUCCUGGGGACUUCUCCCUGUCCGUCAAGUUCGGCAAUGACGUGCAGCACUUCAAGGUGCUCCGAGACGGAGCCGGAAAGUAUUUCCUCUGGGUGGUCAAGUUCAACUCUUUGAAUGAGCUUGUAGAUUAUCACAGAUCUACAUCCGUGUCCAGAAACCAGCAGAUAUUUCUCCGGGACAUAGAACAGGUGCCACAGCAACCGACGUACGUCCAGGCCCUCUUUGACUUUGACCCCCAGGAGGAUGGAGAGCUGGGGUUCCGACGGGGAGACUUUAUCCACGUCAUGGAUAACUCAGACCCCAAUUGGUGGAAAGGAGCUUGCCAUGGGCAGACCGGCAUGUUCCCCCGCAAUUAUGUCACCCCUGUGAACCGGAACGUCUAAGGAUCAGGAAGAGAUUAUUUAAAGAAAAUGAAAAGUUUAAAACCUAUACAAAGAAUUAAACCCACAAGCUGCCUCCAACAGCAGCCUGUGCGGGAGCUCGGAACACCUGGCGGUUCACCUGGUGACCCUCUCACUUCGGUUGGAACUUGGGGGGUGGGCUGGGAGUUGGAUAUAACAAUGCCAAAACUUACCUAUAAAUUAAGAAAAAGAGUUUUUAUUACAGACCUUCACCGCUGCUCCUGUUUCUCAUUUUUCCUUUUUUUCAUCUCUUUUUCUCUUCUGUCCAUCAGUGCAUGACAUUUAACGAACGCCACAUAUAGUCCUAGAUGAUGCUAAUAAUAAAAGAAAAGAAACCAA